AUGGACCCAUCUGACCCGCAACAGCUUGCGUCACUUGCGACACUCUUCCAGCAGACGCUGAACCCUUCGCAGCGGAAGGCGGCGGAGGAGCAGCUGGCCCAACUGCAAGUCCAGCCGCGGUUCUCGUUCUUACUUCUCGCGUUGAUUCAGUUAGACACAGCCUCGAAUGCCAUUCGUCUGGCCGCAGCAAUCCAGUUCAAGAACAUGUGCAAGACACGGUGGGUCGUGGAUAGCGAGAAUGAGGACCCAGUCAUUGGCGCGGUGAGCGACGAGGAGAAGGAUGCGAUUCGUCAGCAGCUUGUGCCAGUGUUGAUCUCGCUGGCGAGUGUGCAGACGCCCAGCCAGGCGAUUAUGUCGCAGAUGAAUGAGAGUAUCGCCUUAGUGGCUGCAUCGGACUUUCCUGACGCAUGGCCUGCAUUGAUCGAUGAGCUGGUGGCCCAGUUAUCGACAGACAACCACCAUGUGUUGCUCUCCGUCUUAGCCACGUCGCAUGCGAUAUUCAAGCGCUGGCGUCACCAAUUCCGCUCCGAUGCACUAUACACGGAAAUCAACUUGGUCCUUGGCAAGAUGGCGAACCCGUUGUUGGAGUUGCUGCACCGUAUGCAUGCCAUGCUUGUCGAUGCGUCGACCCCCAGCAGUACGAUGCAGCCGUUGGCGCUAUGUCUCAUGUUACUUCUGCAGCUGUUUUACGACCUGUCGGCCCAGGACUUGCCGCCGCAAUUUGAAGAUGCAAUCCCGACUCUUUCGCCGAUGUUUACGAGCUUGCUGUCCUUCUCGCGGCCUGAGUUGGUGGGCGAGGAGGACGACGUGGCGCCCAGCCCAUUGGACAAGAUUCGAAGCAGCGUGUGUGAGAUUUUUGAGCUGUAUGCGAAGCGGUACUUGGAUGUCCUUCCGCAGCUGCCCGAGUACGUGCAAGCUGUAUGGGACAUGCUCAGCACGUAUGGUCCCUCGGAAAAGUACGAUGUCAUUGUGAGCAAGGCCAUUGGGUUCCUCUCUGCGGUAGUCCGAAUGGGCAACCAGCGUGAGCUCUUCCAGGCGGAUGCCACGUUGGAGCAGUUCUGCACGGCGAUUAUUUUGCCGAACAUUCAGCUGCGGGAUGUGGACGAAGAGAUGUUUGAAGACAACCCUAUGGAGUAUAUUCGACGCGAUCUGGAGCAGAGCAUUGAGGUGGAUACACGUCGUCGCGCUGCGAGUGAGUUCGUGCGUGCGCUGCUCGAGCAGUUUGCAGAGCAGAUUACUGCGAUUGCCUCGCGUCAUAUCCAGGCCUACUUGGCCGAGUACCAAAAAGACCCUGCUGGGCAGUGGAAGCGCAAGGAUGCCGCGAUCUAUUUGCUUACGUCGAUUGCCGCGCAAGGCUCUACCAUGCAGCACGGUGUCUCUUCGACGAAUGCGCUCGUGGAUGUGGUGCAGUUCUUUUCGGACCAUAUUCUGCAGGACUUGCAGCCAGACAACGCUGUGGUCAAGGCGCAGCCCAUCUUGCAGGUGGACGCCAUCAAGUACCUGUAUACGUUCCGCAACCAGCUGACGAAGGAGCAGUUGUUGUCGGUGCUUCCGUUGUUGGUACACCACCUCAGCACGACAAACUAUGUCGCAUGCACGUACGCGGCCAUUUCGAUCGAGCGGAUUUUGUUCCUUCGUACCCACGGCCAGCGCAUGUUUACCUCGGACGACAUUGCGCCGCUAUGCCAAAACAUGCUUGAGGCUCUCUUUGCUGCGGUCGAGCAGCACGACACGCCGGAGAAAGUAGCAGAGAACGACCACGUGAUGAAAUGUGUGAUGCGGGUGCUGCUCACCGCGAAGGACAAGGUGGCGGCGUACGCCCCGGACUUGCUGUCGCACCUGGCCUCAAUUGUGCGUGUGACGGCACGGAACCCGAGCAACCCGCGGUUUACGCAGUUCUUAUUUGAGUCUAUCUCGGCGCUUGUCAAGGCGGCUGGCACGUCGUCGGCUGCGCAGGUGGCAGCGAUGGAAGAGCACUUGUUCCCUGUAUUUACAGAGGUGCUGCAGGCGGAUGUGGCAGAGUACAUUCCGUACGUGUUCCAGAUCAUGGCGCAGCUUCUUGAGGCGCAUGCGAUGCUGGACAAGGAGCGUACGCUGCCGGACGCGUAUGCAUCGUUGCUCCCACCGCUGCUUAUGCCGGCGCUGUGGGAACAGAAAGGCAAUGUCCCUGCGCUGGUACGUCUGUUGCAGGCGUACCUGCAGCAGGCGCCUGCGUACCUGGUGCAGCAUGGACAUGUUGAGUCGUGCUUGGGCAUUUACCAGAAGCUGAUUUCAAGCCGCUUGAACGAUACCUAUGGCUUUGAUUUGCUCCGCGCGAUGCUGACGCAGCUCUCGACCGAUGUCAUGGCGCCAUAUAUGCAGCCGGUCCUGACGCUGAUGCUGGUGCGUCUGCAGUCAAGCAAGACCGAAAAGUUCUCACAGCAAUUUACUGCGUUUGUGGGUUUCUUUGCCGGCGUGCAGCAGCCCGGGUACCCGGAGCAGGUGGUCAAGGCGUUCGAUAGCGUGCAGGCGGGCCUGUUUGCACAGAUUGCCGAGAAUGUCGUGGCCCCUGAUGUGCAGAAACUCGCAGCGAAGCAGCGCUUUAGUACGGCCAUGGGCCUCAUUCGCUUGCUCACGGAGAGCGAGAGUAUGUUGAGCAUACAUACCCAAGCUUGGUCUACGCUCUUGACGUCGGUCCUUCGCUUGCUGGUCCAAACGACUCCUGCGCCAGACGAGGCGGGCGAUGAGGAGGCAGAGUUGGAUGAGCAGGGCUUCCAAGCGAGCUUCUCGCAGCUGGCCUCCUCGGCGCCGCAGCGCGCGUCAGCGCACUGCGAGGCGUGGGCAGGGACCGAUGCAUGGGCGUACUUGGUACGCCAGCUGCAACAUGCCAGUACGGCGCGCCCAGGCGUCGUAAGCGGCCUGCUCUCGUCACUACCAGGUGAGCUCGCGACCCCGUUGCACGAAGCGAUGCAGAAGCACAACGUCUCAUUGUCGUAG